UCUGAUACCACAGGCCAUGCCACGUCGGCGUGCUCGUUAUUAUCGCCUGCAAAGCUGACGUCCUCUGGGCAACCGACCUUCAACGAUAUGGUCUCGGUAUAUACACGGCAGUCCUCAGACGUCACGUCCUCGAGUAUGGCUCUCCAGGAACAGAUGUUCAGCGGAUAUCACAAUGUGGGCUCCGCUGGCAUUUCGGCCCAGAUGUGUCCUAUCUGUUUGCAUACUGCGUUUAUGAACCCAAGUCCUUGUUUUCUGCGGUCCAUGUGCGGUCAACAAUGCUUCGACGUCUCUGGCUCAGCAGUCUACGAUCCAGCCUUUCUUUAUGCGGCUCACGAUUGCUACUGUGGAUGGUAUGCUGGGUGCGGAAUCUGUGUGUUCAAGCCAGUGGAGCAUAGCAUACCGAGCGGCUCUUGUACGGAGAGCUCACAUCUCCAAACCGGGUUCACUGAUGGAUAUCUGACAAACGCGGCUGAUUCGUCUCACGCUAUCUAUGAUGAGCCGCUCUCCCCGUGGGUCUAUGAUCUUGAUGGCCGGCCUAUCUCGCAACAGGGCUUUGUUCUUGGAAACGUCGACGACGGAGGUGUUAUUGGGGAGAACGUUAGACCUACUACUCUUCCAGUAUCGGUUUUUCCCGAGCAGAUAACGGCAUGGAAAGAUUGA